AUGGGCCGUGGCUUUAAUUUUCGACUUCUGUAUCGAGUCGUUUUCUUUUCCUUCGGUCUGAUUUUCGCCUCUUUUUACCAUGGUGAUUCAGAGUCUACCUCGUCAGAGUAUGGCAGGCGAGAAGAUAAAACAGAAGCGAACAAAUUUAAAGAUGAAUUCAAAGGCAAACCCUUGAAUGUUGACGUUUCUCUCGAACAAGACGAACGCGUCCCGAACUUGACAGAAAAUGAUCAGCAAAUUGAUGGCCGCAAUGCGAAGAAGAAAACAGAUUUUUCAAAGAUGGUUAGAAAAGGUAACAUUUGAAAAAUAUUAAUGUGAGAGUGUUAGCAUUUCAGAAGAAGUAAUUGUUAACCUAUAUACUUUAUUUUUAGCAAAUGCGAUGAAAACACUCCGAAAUGAAAGAAUACAAAAGAUCCCAGUACUGCUUUUUCCAACUUCAUCGCCGUCUGAGGUAAACGUUACACGCGAAGAAUCGACAACCAUCUCCCGCUCAAAUGAGACAGAAUGGCAAAACGAUGGCGGUAAAAAUAUAUCUUUAUUGGAAAAUCAUUUCUUUAACGAGAAUGACUUGAGAGAAACAGCCAAAAGAGAAACGUUUGCUUCACUCACAAUUCAACAUCUCCGGAACAGACGUGAAAUUGAUUUGAAAUCUGAGUAUACCCAGCAAGAUCUGUUAAUGUGCAACGAUUCAAUCAUCAAUAUAAAAUACGAUGAUGAAUACAAAGUUGGGACUGACUUUUCAAUAUUCUAUAAGAAUAUGGUGUACGAUUAUACUGAGUAUCGAGUUCUGAAUCAUGGCAUAAAGAUUUGUAAUUCCACUGAUGACUAUGUAAGGAAUAUUUGGAAAAUACGCAAUAAAUAUGUAAAGGCGACAAAGCAUCAAAAAAGUUGCAAUAAACCCAUUAAAGAGUCUUGGUUGUACCAAAAGUAUUACACCGUGAAUAAGCAGUUCACUAUCUAUUUGGGAGGUCGUGGCCAAUAUUUCACAAGAAAUGACUAUGGGGUGAAAGACGGUAAACUUUAUAUAUGUGAUGAAAAGUUCAGAUCAACAUCAACAAAGUAUACCCAGGAAGAUCUAUUAAUGUGCAACGAUACAAUCAUGAAUAUAAAAUACGAUGAUGAAUACGAAGUUCGAACUGACUUUUCAAUUCUUUAUAAGAACAUGGUGUACGAUUAUAGUGAGUAUCGAGUUUUGAAUGUUAGCAUAAAGAUUUGCAACUCCACUAAUAAUUAUGUAAGGAAUAUUUGGAAAGUAUGUAAUAAGUGGGUAAAGGCGACAAUACAUCAUAAAAGUUGUAAUAAACCUAUUAGAGAGUCUUGGCUGUAUCGAAAGUAUUACACUGUAAAUAAGCAGUUCACUGUCUAUUUCGCAGCUACGAGGCAAUAUUUCACAAGAAAUGAUUAUGGGCUGCGAGACGGUCAACCUUGUACAUGCGAAGAAAAAUUCAGACCCGAAUCAACAAAGUAUACCAAGGAAGAUCUAUUGAUGUGCAGCAAUUCAAUCAUCAAUAUAAAAUACGAUGAUGAAUACAAAGUUCGGACUGACAUUUCAAUACUCUAUAAAAACAUGUUGUACGAUUAUACUGAGUAUCGAGCCCUGAAAGAUGGCAUAAAGAUUUGUAAUUCCACUGACGACUAUGUAAGGAAUAUUUGGAAAGUACGCAAUAAAUGG